AUGCGCGCCGCUCUUUUCUUGCCCGUUGUUGCGGGCCUUGCCGCCGCCGCCUGCAAUGGCAACGAUGCACUCUGCGGGAAGAAGUACUCGGAGGUGACCUUUGUCGGUUCUCACAACAGCCCCUUUGUAGGCAUCGGGCCCGCAGAUAACCAGCUGGUUUCGCCAACGGCACAACUUGACUUGGGUGUCCGCUUCCUGCAAGCCCAGACGCAGAAUAAGGAUGGCGGCAUUCAGAUGUGUCAUACCGAUUGCCUCAUUCUGGACGCCGGGUCGUUGUCUGAUUACUUGACCUCAAUCACCAAGUGGAUGAACGCCCACCCGGACGAAGUCGUGACUCUGCUUCUGACCAACAUCGACGCGAUCCCCGUGCAAAAGUUCGACGACGUGUUCAAGAGUACGGGCCUCGACAAAUAUGUGCUCCGGCCCGAGGGGAAGGUGGCCGAGUGGCCCACGCUUCAGAAACUCAUUGACGACGGGACGAGGUUGGUCGUCUUCAUGGACUACCACGCCGACACGAGCAAGUUGAACUACAUCCUCGACGAGUUCCAGUACUUCUGGGAGACGCCGUACGGCGAGACGGACUCGAACUUCCCGCGGUGCAACAUUGACCGGCCAGAGGGCGUCGACCCGAACGGGCGCAUGUACCUCGUCAACCACGUCCUAAAUAUUGACAUCUUUGGCGUCAAGAUCCCGGACCUGGCCAACGCGGGAAAGACGAACUCGUUUGACUCGAUCGACAAGCAGGUCAACCUCUGUAGAGGCAUGUGGGGGAAGACACCGAAUGUGAUUCUGCUUGACUGGAUCAAUGUCGGCGACGCGGUGAAGGCGCAGACUACGUAUAACGCCUAG